AUGUGGCGUCUCCAAUGUGCCUUACACGGCCUGCCGUUAGCGGAGUGCCAUCACACGGACGCUGGAAGGAGAAAGCAUGUCUUGGAACGUCCUUACUGUGGCACUGCUUCCCUCGUACUCGACGUGGAUCAUGGCAGCGGUCAGUGUCGUGACAUGUGCCUCCUUGAAGCAUCUCUUGGGCCUGAUGGAAAGCUACUAGCAUUACACAUUGAGGAGGAGCGAGCAGAAGUGCGGGAGGCGCGGCCGUUUACGUCAAGUACGGCUUUACCUCACGUGAACGGGCACGCGGCGCAGUUGCGUCUUGUCUUGUCGGCGGAUCUGCAAGGUGCGUGCUGCGAGGAGGCUGGAGAAAACGUCUCAUUGCAAAAAAAUUCGCCGGCUUACUUGCACACGAGUUCCUGGCGCUAUGUUAACUCAGCAGCGCUACUGCCCAAUGAAAACGAUGAGCCCUUGCUGCGGCUGCGACGUUACGACGACUUUGAUCCCACAGUAUCCGUUCUGUCACACGACGCCGUGUACCAGCUUCAGUUGGACCCAUUGGAGAGAACCAACUUCUGUGGUUUUGGUCGCACCGUCAUCAACGCCACGUCAAUGGACUGCUGGGGACCACACUCCGUUGUGGUCGGCUUCUCCUCCGGGGAAGUUUCUCUUAUGGACUGGCGCGAUCCGAGCGGGGGUCCAAUGGUAAGUGCGUAUACCCCCCAGACAACUUCGACAUGUCGAACGGCUCGGGGGCGAUUUGGCGCGACUCCACCACACGCUGGUAUCAUGUCAUGCUGUGCCUUGGAGGAUAGCUUCCGUGUUGUCUGUGGCCUUGGUGAUCCUUGCGGAACCGUUGUUGUGACGGACUUGCGCAAGGCGGUGACGGCAUCUCACGUGACGAGGAAGCAUGGACGACGUUCAGCAGCGGAGGACGCGUGGAGGGCAGUGAUUGCUGGCAGCGUCUCCAUACCUACCUCUUACCCCAUAAGCGAUAUGAGGCACUGCCGCGCGAAUUUUGGAAAGAUAGGCAUGGUGGAUACCGGUGGCACAAGUCUCCUGACGACUAUUCAAGCGUUGGAGGCUGGGUUGAUUAGUGUACGAGGGAAGCGGGAUGAUGCCUCGAAGAAAGACAUCUUACCGUUUCAUGCCGGGCCUCGUGUUCACAGUGAGAGUAGUGGAACACUCACGCACUCUCGAUCCUUGCGGUGCGACGUUUCCUCAGAGGGUCGCUUCCUGGUAAGUACAAGAGUUGAAAAAGGUUCCAUCGCACUCCUACAACACCGAGAGCAACGAAACAGGCUCACGCUAAACGCUGCGGCACAUGAACAACUCGGCGAAGAAACCUUUGCUUCAGUGGCUUUUAUGGGUUCGAUUGUCUGCGCGCAAACGGAUCGUGGAAGCGCACUCUGCACCACACUCCACCCAUGA